AUCAUAACAUAACCCCACGCUUGGUCCACCAUCUGUAGUCCUGAGUACCGAGCAUUAACAUAUUGUAGAACUAUUGGUACCGAGUUCUGUCAUAGCUCCUAACCUUAAAUUUCUUAUAUUAAAGAACAAUAGACAAUUUUUCACUAAUUGUUAAUUACUGGACAAAUUUACAUGCGAUUAAAAUAAAAAAUCACAUUUUGUGAUGUUAAGAUCUUAUCACGCUCUAGAAGACUUCGAAACUUCGCUUGUAUAUGAUACAAAUUUUAGUACGAAAUAUACAAAGGCUAAGACACGAGGUAGUGUCCAACGUAGUGUUAACACUAAAUGCAAAUCAAUUUUUCUUAUUAAAUAUUCAAUUCAUUCCACAUUAAAUUGAGCCGUACGCACGAAUUGUAAAUAAAAAUUUCAUUCAGCGGUGAAGUGAAAUUCGAGUACGUUGAAGUAGUAAAAUUAAGUUGUUGAACCGAUAGCAGUGUUUAAUCAAAUGCUGGGCGACGCCAUUUUCCGCGCCCGGAGAGGGGUAUCUAUUGCUUGGAUAUAAACACAAAACGGGUUCGUUGUUUUGAAUACUCAAAAAUCAUUUUCUACUCAAAUUGUUAGUGUCAAUUAUAUGUGAAUUCUAAAUAAUUUAAUUCUUUGGUAUCUUAUUAAUCCACUGAAGAUAACAUGUACGUCAAAUCCAUUUUAUCCACAGAUUUUAAAUGUGCUUUUCAAAAGGAAUAUUAAAAUAUUUCUACAUACAAAAUACAAAGAUUAAUUAAUUUACUAUCAAGUAUCAAAUAUUAGUUAAUAAAUGUUGAUUUAUGAAGAUGGCCAUGAGAAAUAAUUUGAAUAGCACUUUCAAAACUAGCAGUUAUAAGCAAGUUAAACGACCAAACGGUAAAUACGGGCAUAUGUCAUUACAUAGUGGGAUUAGUAAAUGUGAUAUUUGUGGACAAAAUUUACAAAGAAUGAGAUUAUUUGACCAUAUCAGAGAAUCUCAUCAUCAAUACAUUUGUUUAGUUUGCAAAGCUAAAUUUAAGAUUCAUAAAGAUCUAAUAUGUCACAUACAAGAUAUUCAUCAAUUAGUAGCUUCAGAUAAACUUAACAAAUCUCAAGAUAUAUUUAAUGAUAGUGUAAAGAAAAGGUAUUUUGCCCAACCUCUUUUUUCAUCUCUACUUCCAAUUCCGCCCACUACAAAUUCUCAAUUCUCUAGUAGUAGCUCUGAAGAUGAUGAAUUAUAUUUAGAUAAUAUUGAUGUGAUGGAUGUUGUUUUGGGUACUAAAAAUUGUGAAGAGCGUAAAAAUGAAUUGGAAAUAAGUAAUGUUAUUGAUGACAUCAUAAAAUAUGUUAUAGAUGAUGUUAAAGCUGAUGACCUUUUUGAAAGCACAUUACAAGACUUAAGUUGUUCUGAUAUAUCAGUAACUGAUGAAUUUGAUAACAAAACUCUUAAGAAAUUAAGUGCUUCAGAAGGAGAUACUUAUCAUUCACAUCAUUCUAUGUCUCAAAUCAAUUGUGACAGUAAUUUAUCUAUAAAUAUGGAUUGCACUGAAAAUAAUGAGGUAUCAUUUGAUAAAAUUAAUACGUUGUCCCAAUCACCAAUUACUACGGACUUGAUAUCUGUACAAACAUUACAAAAUCUUGAGGAAGAGUUUAAACUUGGAAUUAAAAAUAUGUCUACAGUUUUAUCAGAAAAAAGUCCGUGGGUAAAUGGACCUAAUGCACAACAAGAUAUUAAUAACUCUACACAAAAUGAUAAUCUUCUAGUUAUGGCUCUAACUCUAGAUCAUAAAUUGGCAGAUAUGAAAAUAAAUGUAAUACUAAAAGAAUGCAUUAGAACUUCAUGUUUAACUUGUGUAUAUUGUCACAAUUCAACUUGUAUUGCUGUGAAUGGUAAACAACUAGCAUUGCAUAUGAUAGAAAAACAUCGUUUUAUGACAGUAAAAAAUGAAUCUUCUGAAGAUGUUGCUAAUAUUUUAAAAUCAAAUUUGAAUUCUUUAGAAAAUAUUUAUUUAAACUCAGAAAACUAUGACUCUACUGAUGAAUUAAGUCAUAUUCCAUUUAAUAAUACUUUCUAUUGUUUCAAUUGUCAAUUUACAUCAAAGCAAAUGAAAGAAGUAAACUCUCAUAAACGAAGUGUUCAUUCAAGAAAAACUUAUGAUUGUAUUAUGUGCAAAAUAACUUUUUCCAACUAUGGAGAAUUGCAUUGUCAUUUAUGUCCCGGCGUGGAUCUUGGAAUUUGGCAAAAUUUGUUGUUUCGAUGCCUAUUUUGUGGUCAGGGUCAAAUUCCAUCUGCAUUUCGUUGUAUGGUUCAUUUAAGAAAAGCUCAUAAUGCAUGUGAUUAUUGUCUGGAAACAUUCUCUAAUCAACAAAGUUUAGCAUUACAUGUUAAUAAACAUAAAAUGCGACAUAUGUGUUUAAAAUGUAACAUAACUUAUCUUAGUAAAAAGGAUAUUUUUGAACAUAUGUUUUGGAAGCAUAAUAGGGACAGCAAAGAAUGUAAAUCAUGCUUAACUAAAAAAUGGCCUUAUACAUAUCAUUUUUGUGUUCCUCCUGCAAUGUUCACAUGUGAUGAAUGUAGAAGAACAUUUUCUAAUGCAUUGCUUCUAAGAGUACAUGAAAGAUGGCACUCUGGAAAUAUUCCAUAUGAAUGUAGUACUUGUUCUAAUAAAUUUAUCUCAAAAAAGUUACUUAAGAAACAUGAACUAAUUCAUAAAGAAGUAAUAUCUCCUAUAAAAAAGAAAAAAAAGAAGAAGAAAAAAGGAUUUGACUAUAAUCUUCCUCCGUUAAAUCUUUCUUCUGAUAGUGAUACAGAGAAGACUCCUCGUCAUAAACCGGAAAAAUAUUUAAAUUCGCCUAGUCCAAAUGGUAAUUAUUGGGAUUAUGUGAGUAAACAAAAAAAAGAAUUAGUCCAUAUUGCAUUACUAGAUCAUGACUAUACUUUAUUAUCCACAACUAGUCAAUCUGAAGUAAUAAAAUCUCCUCCAUAUCCAGAUGAAUUAGCAGCUAUUGUAAACGGUAGUGAAAACAUAUUAAAUAAUUCUUUUAACAUUUCAUGUCAAAGAUCAUCAUGUUCUUCGCACUGUAAUUCAUCAUCUUCAUCUAGUUCAUGUGGUUCAAAUUGUUCAUGUUCUUCGUCGUGUUCUUCUUCGUGUGACUCUGAUAAAGAAGAAAAGAAAAAACCAAUAAUCGAAAGUCCAAAAAAACAUAAAAAGAAGAAAAAAGAAAAAAAAAUCAAAGUAUUAAGUGCCAAGAAAAUAGCAAAUUUCAAUUUGUGUGCAUUAGAAUCCGAUUUGGAAAGCGAAUUUUCAAAUACAGAUAAUGAAGAAUAUUACGAUAUAAAUCCAGUCCCUUUGCAUCCUGAAAUAAAUAAUAAAGAAACAAUACAUUUGAAGCAAGAAAGUCUUACAGAAAAUGCAUUAAUUUUACCUAAAGUUAACAGUACACUUAUAUCAUGUAUAACUUUACCAAAUGAUAACAAUCUAAAAUUAUCUCAACAAUGUACAAACAUUGAAUCUCAAAUAUUGAAAAAUAGUGAAUCCAUUGGAUUACCCAAUAACAAAUUUAAAAUAGCUGAUGAAUAUGAAAUAUAUAGUAAUAAUUGUUCAUCAAAUAUAAAUAAUAUAUCUCCAACAUUCAAUAAUUUUUUAUUACCUACUGAAGAUAAAGAAUGUAUUGAUAAUAAUUUAAACAAAAAUUCAGUUACAAUAUGCAACGGUAAUAAUAAUUUACAUAGUAUAAAGGAUGAGUUAAAUUUGAGUUUAAGUCAAGAUCAAAAAAUUGCACACAGUUAUUUAACACCACCAAAAACAAGAAAACGCGUUCGUUCGUCAUCACUUACAAAACGACAAACCAAACAUAAAAAAUUAAAACUUAAGGUAUCAAAAGAAAUUCCUCCAUUAUCAAAAGUAGUAUCAAGCAUUCCUUCACCGCUUUCAUUAAACUCUUCUUAUUCAACAUGUACACCUAAUUUAUCCAGAAGCCUUUUGUCGUCUAAUGAUACUCGUCAGUCUAAACGACAACCCAAAAAAAGAAAAUUUUUUGGUUAUGAAAGUAGUGACGAAGAAAAACUACAAAAUGGAGAUUCGUCUUUAUUAGUUCAACCAUUAUCCCUUCAUGUUCCGUCUGUGACAAAAAAGAAGCAAAAAAGAAAACCCAAAUCAGAAUCACCACUUCAACUUCAACAUACUACUACUAAAUUGACACAAUCACAUCAAACAAGACCUAUUGUAGAUGUUCGAAUAAGUAAAAUUAUUAUCCCCCCUGAUGUGGCUGAUAAUACAGACAGUGAUUCUGGAAAUUUAGUGAUUGAACUUCCUAAAUUUGUAGAACAGAAAGCAGUACAGAGCACAGAGAGAUUAUAUUGUCACUGUAGGUGCCCAUACGAUGAAGUUUCUGAAAUGAUUGCAUGCGAUAAUCCUAAUUGUCGUGUGGAAUGGUUUCAUUUUGAUUGUGUUGGUAUCACGGUUGCCCCAAAGGGUAAUUGGUAUUGCCCAGAUUGUCGUUGAUUAUUAUUAAUUCUAAUAUACUUUUGUAUUCAUUAAAAUCAAUGUACUUUGUCUUUUUUGUUACAUUUUUUUACACAUUUGUUAUACAUUUAAGAAACUUAAAAACGGUAUUGUUCUUGUAAAUGUAUUUUUAGAUUUUUCUCAUGCAAAUCUGAAUAUCUAGAAAUAUUACAAAAAAAAAUUAUAUAUAUUGACAUAAAUUACAAUGUAAUGUAUUUUAAUUUAUACUUAUGUAUAUUUCUUUUUUUUUUUUAUUUAUUCAUUUUUGUAACAAUAUAUUCCCAAAUUGUUGAAGAAUGUCCGAUAUUAAUGUAAAAUGUAAUAUAUACACAGGUAAAUAAAAUGGUCCUUUUUUUUAAAAUUAAUUUACCACAAGUAUUCCAAUAAGCUUAGUUUAUAUUGUUCUUAGUAAGAUAACAUGUACAAAUACCAAAAACUCUGUAAUUUUAAUUUAUUAAAUUUAAAAUCAUAUUUUUAUUUAUAAAAAAAAAAAAUGAUAAUGUAUUUAGAAAAAUAUUCUUUUCUAUUAAUAUGAAUUCCGUGUAUUUUUA